AUGCAUAUCCGGGAAAAGCUUGCGGAGCGGGAGGCCGCCGGGCAGCCUGGCAUCUCCUUUGAGUUCUUUCCUCCCAAAACCGCCCAGGGUGUACAGAAUCUCUAUGACCGCAUGGACCGCAUGCACGGGCUAGGUCCCUCUUUCAUCGACAUCACAUGGGGCGCUGGUGGCCGUCUGUCGGAGUUGACUUGCGAGAUGGUGGGCGUUGCCCAGUCGGUUUAUGGUCUCGAGACCUGCAUGCAUUUGACUUGUACCGACAUGCCCCAGGAAAAGAUUGACCAGGCCCUUCAGACCGCGUACAAGGCCGGCUGCACCAAUAUCCUUGCUCUGCGAGGUGACCCACCGCGUGAAAAGGAAGCUUGGGAAGCAGCUGAUGGAGGAUUCCGCUACGCCAAGGACUUGGUCAAAUAUAUCCGGGAGAAAUACGGAAACCAUUUCGAUAUUGGUGUAGGUGGCUACCCCGAGGGUGCUGAUGACAACGCCGAUGUGGAUCAAUUGAUCGAUCACUUGAAGGAGAAGGUGGAUGCUGGUAGCACUUUCAUUAUUACUCAGAUGUUUUAUGAUGUGGAAAACUUCAAGACAUGGGUCAACAAAUGUCGUGCAAAAGGCAUCAAUGUCCCAAUCAUUCCAGGCAUUAUGCCUAUUCAAACCUACGCAUCAUUCAUGCGUCGUUCUACCUGGACUAAGGCCCAUGUUCCCCCACAGUGGAUGGAAGCCCUCGAUCCCGUCAAGAAUGACGAUUCUGCAGUCCGGGACAUUGGCAAGCGUCUGAUCGCCGAAAUGUGCAGAGAGCUCCUUGCAUUUGGCAUCAACCAUCUCCAUUUCUAUACCAUGAACCUGGCGCAAGCAACGAAGCUGGUUCUAGAGGAGCUGGGACUGGUUCCGUCUGAGGAGUCUCCUAUUCAACGUUCACUGCCGUGGCGGCCAUCUCUGGCUCUGGGUCGGAGAGGGGAGGACGUCCGCCCAGUUUUCUGGCGCAACCGCAAUUCGUCAUAUGUCGCUCGCACACAAACAUGGGAUGAGUUCCCCAACGGUCGCUGGACUGAUUCUCGUUCGCCUGCCUUCGGUGAACUUGACGCAUACGGAGUCGGUCUGAAGGGCUCCAACGAGCAGAACAUCAAGAUGUGGGGAGAGCCAAAGACAUUGAAGGAAAUUUCCGAUAUCUUCGUCAACUUUUUAGAUGGCAAAUUGGAACGCUUGCCCUGGAGUGAUAGUCCAAUCAGCAUUGAGGCCAAUGACAUUAAAGAGUCCUUGCUGGACUUGAACAAUCGCGGUUUCCUGACCAUCAACUCACAACCCGCUGUCAAUGGCAUCAAGUCCUCCCACCCUGUAUACGGCUGGGGUCCCAAGAAUGGUUUCGUUUACCAGAAGGCCUACUUAGAACUUCUUGUACCCUCGUAUCUGAUCGACGAGCUGAUCUCCCGUAUCGAGCUAAAUGAGGAUAUGACAUAUCACGCUGUUUCCAAGGACGGCGAAUUGAGGACCAACACACGCGACAGCCCGAACGCCUUGACCUGGGGUAUUUUCGCUGGCCGAGAAAUUAUCCAACCUACUAUCACCGAGACCAUUAGUUUCUUGGCGUGGAAGGAUGAGGCUUACCGUUUGGGUGAAGACUGGUCCAAGUGCCACGACGCUGCCAGUCCCAGUCGGAAGCUGAUCCAACACGUCAUGGACGACCGGUACCUUGUCAACAUUGUUGACAACGACUUCCACCGAUCCAACGCCGUCUUUGAUUUAUUCAAAGACCUGAUUGUCAAGGAUCUUGACGUCGAGGUGACCGGAAAACCAGUAGAGACCAAUGGAGCUACUGAGCCAAAUGGCACUGCGACUCAGAACUAA